AUGAGUGAAGUUAGCGGACAACCUUCUUCAAUAAAGGGUGGGCCCGAUAAACGACUGAGUAGAAUUUCGUCUCCAGGGCCCUCGAGUGAUGAUGAUUUAGCUUACCAAUACGCACUUCGUGUUGCAUAUUUGGCUUAUUUAACUCAACCGAAAGUACCGAAGGCUACGCUCACCCCAUCACCAACCCCCGUCAAACCUUUGUCUGAUUCUAGCUUAAAGCGUCAAAGCGUUGUCGCACCCGCAACCAUACAAUCUGCUGUUACUUCUCAUUUUUCGGCAAUCGGUGACUUGUUCAAAGAUUCCGAUAAGAAAGGUCAUAAGAAUCAAAAAUUUCCAAAGGAGCUGAUAAAAGUACUAAGAGAUAGACUUGAAUUUAUCGUGUCUGGCCGCGAUCCUAAUCCAAUUUAUAAAGAUCGCUAUUUUAAGAAUGAUCUCGCCGUUUUUUAUCAAGCUUUGCAACAGCCAGGGUUUCGUCAGCAAUUUAAAACGAAUAAUAGUAAAAUCGAAGAUAUUGUCCUUAUAUUUCUUAAAACAUCCCAGAGCGAACUCAGAAGGGCUCAAUUACCACAAAAUGUAACAUGGCAGAGCAAGCUAACUGAACACGUUAGCCAAUUUGUUGGUAUAUUAAAAUGGUGUCUUCAAACUAAAGAAUGUAAUACUGCUUCGACACCUGAAUUAUUGGCCAGACUUGAAAUUUAUCAAACCAAAAUGUCAAGUCCACCAUCUACCGGAGGAGGGAGUACAAACGAGAAUGCCAGCGAUAACAUAGAUGACAUGGCCAUGGUAAAAUUGGUUCUUUCUAUUUUCAAAGUCCCCACCAAUCAAGCUCAGAAAGACAUUAGCGCAUUAAAGAAAAAUUGUACGCUUCAAGCUGCAUUGGAAGAUAUGCGAAAUAUUAUAAAUCACAUAAACCGAGGUUCAUCUUUUCCUGCGUGCAAGGAAGAUUUCAAAACUGAAGAGGUCUAUCAAAAUUGGAAAUCUAUUGAAUUAAAGACAGUUCGCGAGCUUAUGUCUUCUUUAAUUAUGUUCACUCCGGGACUAAAAUUAAAUGAACCAACAGAAUCAUCAAAUUCCCUUAAUGACGAGAAUUCUAAAAGAACCUCUCAGUACGCCGGCCGAAGAACAUAUGCGACAGAAACACCGCAAGAUGCAUUUAGUAAAUAUGAACAACAACGCCAACUUGAAAUGCAACAAAAACGUCAGCUCGAACAAAAACAGCGUCAGAAUCAGCAAUAUCAAUCACAACAAUCAUACCCACCAUAUAAUUCGUCACAACAACCAUACCCACCAUAUAAUUCGUCACAACAACCAUACCCACCAUAUAAUUCGUCACAACAACCGUACCCACCAUAUAAUCCGUCACAGCAACCGUACCCUCCUUACAAUCCGUCACAGCAACCGUAUCCUCCAUACAAUUACAAUUCUUCACAACAACCAUAUCCUCCAUACAACCCUUCGCAACAGCCAUAUCCUCCCUACAACCCGUCGCAACAAUCACGCCCUUACAACAUUCCACCCUCGUUGCAGCCUUCAUAUGUUCCGAGUCCAUCCAUAGAAUCGAAAGAAAUUUUGCAAGCAAAAGAGUCAAGUGAAGGUGGUACGUUUACUUUUAUCCCACUACAUCCUCGAAGGUGCUAUAAGAUACUACUGAAUAAAUCUAUAGAAUAUGAGAUACUUAGUGGGCUACCUUCAGAGAAUUCGGAUAAAAUUCUUUCUAAAAAUGUAAUGCAAUUACUGAACGAGUGUGCUCUUCGCUGGAGGGUAUCACCAGGGUUUCGGUGGUUGCAAUAUUUGGAUAUUCUCAGGACCUACUAUGACAAUGAGCAUCCGGCAAUUUCCUUGGAUCACAUCAAGGAGGGGAUGAUUUUGCUGAAGGAUGCCAUCAAAAAGCGAGAAGUUUCUACUUGGACUAUUAGUGACCGAAUUGAACUUGUGGAAGUGUAUUCAGGUGUUCAUGACUCAUUGCUAAAUCUCACGCGUGAAGCACUUGAACAUAUUUAUAAGAUUAAGCCAAGUCAGUUUGACCCGAUAGCUCAAGUGUUGAAUCUUGUUUAUGAGUCGGAGCUGUUUCGUGAAAAAUUUUCCGAUAUUUCGAAAUUUUAUAACGACCUUCGAGAAAUUGUCGGGAAAGUUUCGGUUGAAAUUUAUCAAACAAAAAGAGAAGAAAUAUUUUCUAAGCAGACCGCGAAUGAGGUGCAAACCUUGAAUUUAUUGGCACAAUGGAUUCAACAGGAGAUUGAAAAGAUGAGCAAAAAAUUCCCGAGGCCAAUAAUUGAUCAGAUCGAUGUUGUGCGUCUAAUAAUUGAAAAGCAAGUUCCACUUCUGACCUUAGAUAUGGAAAAUGCAUCGGCGGAUAUCACGAGCAAGGUCAAAAUGACACCGGAAGAGGGUAUUCCCGUCGAGGACAUCUUUGAUCUUUACCGAGAGAUUCUCGUACUUAAAACAGUAUUCGAGGAACGUUGUCCUGAUACCAAGUUUACGUUAGGAAUUCAGGAUUGGUUUGGACCACACGUUAAAAUGUGGUUAGAAUCCACCAAGAGUAAAACUUCAGAUUGGGUCAUGACGGCAAUCAAUGUGGACGAGUUUAAAGCCGUAAGCACAACGGAUGCACACUCAUCCUCUGUGGUAGAUCUUUUUACAUCCUUCAACCAAACCGUGGACUUUAUCAAAAAACUGAAUUGGCCAAACAAAAAUCAGUCUGCGCUCUACAUGACCAGCUUGUCGGGGGCCAUCAGUGAAGCGUUAGAAAAAUACUGUGAAUCUAUUGAAGACCGUUUUAGGAAGGACAUACUUCCCGAUGAUGAAGCAGGACAGGCAACCGCAAAACAAUCUGCUUGGUACAUAAAAGCCAAGACUGCCAUAGCAUCUGAAAAAACCAUGCCCAGUGAUAUAAAACCAUCGUCUUGCAUCAUGCUAAAUAAUAUCGAGGCGGCUCGCGAGCAGUUGGAUAAAUUGUACGAGGUGAUGGAGGUGGACGCUUUGGUGUCAAUCUUGCAUAAAUCAGAAAACGAACCGGAAAGUGAAGCGAAGAACAAAUAUUUGUACACGAUCAAGAUUGUGCUAGCAGAAGACUUGUUGGCAUUGGAUAACAAUGGACUUAGUGAUCCAUAUUGUGUUUUGACCGAUGAACUAGGAAAUCGUUUGGUCGAAACACGUGUGAUAUACGAAACUCUAGAUCCGAGAUGGGAAGAGGCGUUUGAUAUUACUAUCGAAGCUUCAGAAAACAAUAUAAGGAAGUUGGGAGUUACCGUAUGGGAUAAGGAUCAAGUUGGUUCCGAUGACGUAUGCGGAAAAGCCGGCAUCUACCUGGAUCCCAAACAUUUCGACGACUUUUUAACUCACGACGUCUGGCUUGAUCUAGACACUCAAGGUCGGGUUUUACUUAGAAUAAGUAUGGAAGGAGAGAAGGAUGAUAUCCGAUUUUAUUUUGGAAAAGCUUUUAGAACGCUCAAACGUGCUCACGACGAUAUGGCCAGGACCAUAAUUGAUAGGAUGUCACCAUUUUUGAGUCAGUGCCUAUCUCGCGAUGUUAUUACAAAACUGUUGAAACCAACGGCUUCCAAUAGUUUUACACAAUUUUUCAAAGAUUUGGAUAAAAGCAAGAAAACGGAACUUAACGAUCGUGAGGUUGAAACUGCUAUAGACCCAUUAUUUGAUUAUUUCGACACAAACUUAAUGACUCUUAGCAAUCACCUAUAUCCUGAAGUCUUCACCAUGGUCAUGAGUCGUGUCUGGAAGAAAAUAGAAUUAGUGAUCGAAUCGUUAAUCUUACCACCUUUGUCGGAUUACCCUUCGGACAUGAAACCGCUUACAGACAGCGAGAUCGAUGUUGUUUACAAAUGGCUCAAGUUUUUGAGACAAUACCUUCAUGCUGAUGGGAAUGGGGUGUCCCUGGAAGUACUCGAAAAUGCAAAAUAUCACGAAAUCUUUAGAAUACAAAUGUUUUAUGAUAAUGACUCUGAAGGUCUUAUGCAAGAGUAUCUUCGUUUACAAAUUGAAAAUGCUAUUUCUCCUAAGAAAAAAUCACUUCACUUGAAUAAGUCUGUGUUGAAUCAACGAAAUCUUGGUACAAUUAAAAAGCGUAAGAAUGAAAAACGUAAUAAAAAUACGCACGAUGAUGGAGAUCUAAUACUUAGAAUUUUGAGAAUGCGACCGGGAACCAAAGGAUUUUUGAAACAACAAAUGGAAGAAAGAAGCAAGAGGCUGGCAGCCGCUUCAAGUGAUAUUAUUACUCACGAUGAAGUGCCACCUGUUCCAUCCGUACGAAAUUCGGUUGCUCAAUAA